AUGUGCGAGUGCAGCCACGGAGACAGCCAGAUUGGCUGGAACCAUGACCACUUCGUCACCGCCCCUAAUCAGAUGUUUUUUGAUGAAGGAUACGGCGGAUGGUGUGGUCAGAGGUGUGGAAAAUGCGUCAAACUGACAACCACAGGGGGUUGGGUGCCCGGUAAAGGGGGCCCAAGUCCUACUGGGCAAUCCCAGGUUUUCAUGGUAACCAACCUGUGUCCUAAUGUUUACCCCAACCAGAACUGGUGUAACCAGGGACGCGGUCCCUAUGGUAACGGACACAACGACUUUGGCUACGUUGCCCAUUUCGUCUUGGAAAAUGGCGCCAAUCAAAUUUCGCGUUUAGGUUGGAACAACCCGGAAAAGACGUGGAAGAUUGUAUCAUGUAAGUGAUAUAACACCCCCACUGACGGCAUGUAUAACUCAUGUGAGUGUGCACAUCACGGUAAACGCUCUCUAAAUGGAACAGCCAACGGAAGUGAAAAUCAAUCCACAGUGAUCAAAUUUGUUAUAAUUUAUUUGUUUUAAGAAUCAAAUCUG